AUGGCAAUCCUCUCAAAUUUCGACGACUUGAUGGACAAGAGGCCUACGCUGGACGCGCUGCCUCCACCCCCAUGUGAGUUCGGUAUCGCAAAACAAAAUGGGCUAGUUAGUGACGAAGAUACACAGCCUUCGUGUAUCGAUACCACCGACGCGCACGUGGAGAACCGGCAUGAUCAGAUCCACACGAGUACGCAGGUCGUGUUCGAGCCCCCUUCCUCUCAACCCAACGAAGACGGUCAGGAGUCCCGUAUCAGUGUAGGUGAGAACGCAAUUGCUAUCUCAUGUCCAGAGUAUAGCAAUGCCAUCUUACCUGCCACGAGUGUUCAACCCCAUGUGGCGAAUACAAACCCCUAUGACCAAUUACAGCCUGUGAUGCCGCCCAAAGAAAUCAAGGAGGAGUCCAAAACUUGCCACAAAUGUGGUAAGGUGUUUGCAAGCAACCAGGGGUUGCGAGGGCAUCUCAGUAGAGUAACACCUUGUGAUCAAGAAAAGACAGCGUCUAGUACGACACGCAGUCGACCUGCAUCGAGAACGUGCCCCAAGUGCAACAAGACGUUUGCGAGUUUGCAGAGUCUUCGAAUGCAUCGGAACAGAGUGUAUCCAUGUAAUCAAAAUACAACGAAGCCGACCGCAUUGGCGCCGGUAAGUACUGAGGAAUUAAGGAAAGAAAAUGAACGGAAAGCCAGGUCAAGGUAUCAGACCCGUAAAUCUUAUCUUAAAAAACGUGGACGUUUGGAUGAAUUGGAAGACCGUCCUUUGGAGAUUCUUCGAUUGCCUAGCGAUUCGAAUGAAACAAAAGAGACCGAGUGGAUGUCAGACUUUGAAAAGAAUAGCCUGGAUAUACCACCACUCGGAGGAACCGAAAGCAAACGAUCUCGAUGUGGCGAUACUAAGAAACCGCAUCUGCAGGAGAAAAUAGUGCAAAAAGACAAAUCGGCUGAGAUCUGCGCCGAUGUGUCUAAGUCACCUCCGCAAAGCCCGCUCAGAACUUCGCAAUCGGCGAAAGCGAUUCAAAGCACGAAAGGAAGCUUUGUGCAUCGUUCAGCCAAAUGUCACGGUGGUGAUCUACUUGCGGGAGGGUGUAGUUGCCCAACGUGUGUUCGGCGGUGGGCGAGGAAACUCAUGAAUAAGAUGCAACAACUUGAAGACGAAGUGUUGAGGUUGCGGCAGACGAAACGUGGUGCAGCUGAGUACGCUCAAUCGUCUGGAUUAACAAUUCCAAGACUAGACGAAUAUUCUCAAACUGCGAGACCGCUUUUAUCCGCAGCAAAAGAUGAAAACGUACCACACGGCAAUUUUGGUGUCGCUCAUACGUUACAGAGUGGACCGGAAAACAGGUUCAAGUCGCCUAUAGCGCCCUCUCAACCGUUGGAGUGCCCAGUGCCUGGGAGCAUGGAUGGCAGAACGCUGUAUACAAUGACUGAACCUGACAUCCGGCCUCCCUAUCUUGAAGGUAACGAAGGUGGUGCCCAUUGUAUUGAUGCUGAUCGACAGCUAGUUCUGUCCCUUUUGCGAGCUCUUGGUUCCGACAAAAAGAGCCUUAUGGACGCGUACGAGCACAUGAAUGAUCAGAUCCUGCUGAACGAAAGGACGGUUGAAGAAUCCAGCAAUCACGUCCAAGUUCUUGUCGGGUAUGACCCCGAGACAGCCAUGGACUUUCGUAGGCAAGUUGCUGAACUACGCGCAUCCAUACAUACUGAGAAAAUCAAGCGUGAUGCUACAGUGGCCGCUCUCAUUGCGCACGUGUGGAAACCCCGCCGAGAUGAGCUACGAGAAUAUCUCAGGACGCAAUUCCGGGAUUCCACUCGUGAUGAGCAAGCCUAUCAUAUAAGGUUGGCACAGAUAACGAGCCAGGUCUCCGUGAAAAGUAAAAUUAUUUCCGAAUUGGAGAGGCGAAUGGACGCCCUUGGAGAACAAGGUGAAGGUGGUCGCUCGAGAUAUGCGGAGAUGGGCGAGCUGUCAAGUAAGAUGGCAGCUGAAUAUGCUGCUAAAAUGGCCCUCGAGAGUGAACGCGAGAGUCUCUAUGUGGGCCUCGUCAAGUCCAGUACGCGCAUUCGGUCACUCGUUAGAAGUGCUCUCCUGUGA